UCUGUUUAUUUGUGAGAGAAUGUUGAAAUAGGACAGUGCAAAAUGCUUCCAAUAUUUUCUUUUCUUUUUAUAUUGUUUGUUUUGACUUGCAAAGCGGGACACACUGAAGAGCGAAACCGGGGAGCUACACUUAAACCGAUUUCAACGUGUUGUGAUAUCCCAGAGUUAGGUGACGAUAAACAUUUAGCUGAGUGUUCUGUGCCUAAAUUGUCUGGACCCUGCAACGAUGUCCAAUGCGUAUUCGAAAAGUCUGGUUUUUUAGUGGACAAGUAUACGAUAAACAAGGAAGCUUACAAAAAGCAUUUGCAGAAAUGGCUUGAGAGCCACGAGGCAUGGAAGGAUGCGAUCGACAAAGCCAUCAAAGACUGCGUAGACCGUGACUUGAGGCAGUACCUAGAUUACCCCUGCAAGGCCUACGACGUAUUUACUUGCACCGGUAUUGCAAUGCUUAAGAAAUGCCCUAAAGAGUUCUGGAAAUGCUGAAGAGACGAAACUGUUUUAUAAUAUAAUUAUUAAAGUCAUCA